CUCGGCUGCGUCAGUGUGCGUUAGACUGGUGAUUUGGAAAGUCGGUGCCGACGGCGGAUACAAACGAGUGCAUUUAUGCGCUGCUUUUCGCAUUAGCCCUGGUCGUGUGUGAAUUACCGCAAUGGCGCGUGCCCAUUUCAGUUUCGCCUGUGUGAUGCUUGCAGUUUGCAUAGCGGUGACCUCCAAUAUUAGGCCGGUGGUGUCCACAUGCGUGUUUGAUCAGGAUUUUGGUUUCAAGCUCAACUGCGCCUUCAAACAGUCCGGUAUCUUCCGAGUUCGAAACCUCGGAGGUGUCAAGGGCUUCAUUGGGUUGGGUGUGAGCGUAGGAGACGAGUUGGGUUUCCCGCAAUCGCUGUCGAACGUCGAGGGCAGCAAGAGAAGGUCCGUCUCCGGAUCGUAUUGGGAAGCUGCAGCUGCUUCAGCACAAAAGAGAGCCGACGAAGCGAACGACGCUCCGGCCUUUAAGAAAAUCCCGCAAAGAAUGCCGAUGCUGAAAUCCGCGGCCCCGGCCUCCUCUGCGGCACCCAUGUAUCAGCAGAGCAUUUCGAGAUCUGCUGUGGUCGGAAAACCAAACGACGGCAGAGAGAUGACCGCGUUCAGGAAUGCAAUUAGGAAGACAGUUAACACAGUGCGCCCGGUCCCGCAGGUGGUUGUUGAGCGUGCCAGUGUCCCAACCAUCACUGUAGACACGAGGACGGCCGAGUCGGAUGAGCAAAAGCUGGCCCUGAUUGAUGCAGAGCUGGAGCAAAAUAUUGAGGCGCUGGCGCAGGCGGCCAACGUCAGCGUGGACACCAUCAAAGCGGCCCUCGGGGACAAAAACAACCGCGAGCAGCUGCAGCAGGCCGUGGCCGCCGUGGCUCUCCUGAAUGGCGAGCCGGCCGUCACCACGUCGACCACCACCAACAGGCCCCUUCCGGUGUACAAACCAGAACCUGUGUACAACACUAUCAAUGUGGACCAGAAGGUGGGCACCAAGUAUGUGAUGAACGCGCCCAAGGAGUACUAUCCGGCCAAUUACGACAAAAACUACGACGACGGCUUCAAGACCAAGGUGGAGAUGCCGCCAACGUCCUUCCAGUGUGGAAAUCAGAAGCACUUCCCUGGACUCUACGCAGAUGUUGACCUUGGAUGCAUGGUUUAUCAUGUGUGCGCCCUUACGGACGAUGGCCUAGUGCAAAAGAGUUUCCUUUGUCCUGAGAACACCCUUUUCGAUCAAAGCGUGCUGAAGUGCAACUGGUCUGUUUACGUCGAUUGCGCCCAGUCGGAAAAACUGUACGACUCGAACAUUCCCGUUUCCAAGAGCUACCAGCUCAUGAAAGCAUUGGCAUUCUUCUCCGCCUACAAGAACGCCAAUCCCGGAGCCACGACGACAGCAUAAAAUAUCGUUUUUUGUGUGUGAAAACGUUUCCAAUGGACGCAGUUUGACUAUAUUAUUUUGCUUUUUGAGAAGAGACAAUUGAGAGCAUUAUUUUUGUUCAAAACUCACGAAACUUUCACUCAUCGCAACCUGUAUUAUGUUAAAUAUUAUAAAUCAUACUGUUUGCCAUAAUUUAUUUAUUUCACCAUACACAAUACAUGUAUAAUUGCUAAUUGCGCGGCUAUAAAUAGAAUAUAGUUUUGGUAACUAAACUUUGUAAAGAGAUCGACAGCUAAUAAUUUUCUCAUACAAUAAUUUUGUUGAAAUAAUAAUGAAAAACUUAUUCCUUCAUUCGAUGCUUUUUUAUU